AUGAGAAAUGUGCUUCCUGAUAACAAGAUAAAGACUUNCAUCAUCGACCUCACGCCGGCUGACCACCAGAGCCGUCGUCCACCUCCACUGUCGAUCCGCCGCCCGUUAUCAUCGGUCCGCCGCCAUCACCGCCGGUCUGUCGCCGUCAUACCUCCCUCCCGCACCCUCAGCCGCCUACAGGUGAACCUGGUGAACACCGACUCCGACAUCUUGUAUUACUGUCGCGGUCGCCGUUCUUCCGCCGUCAGUCAUCAGAGAAGGCGACCUGCUCCGCCAGCUACCGAGAAGACAACCUUCUAUCACACCAUUAGAGCAUUGCAUAGAGUGAUGGCUCAAAGCCCAACCAAUUAUUUUUUCAGUGCCUAUCACCCACAGAACAAGCAUUUAGAAAAAUCUGGAAGCGCAGUUGUUACUGACUAA